AGAAUAAUCCUGAAGACAAAAUGGAAAGGCAUCUUGCGAAACAAAAGACAUGGGAAGCUGAGUUGAAGAGGCAGUUUAAACCCAUGAAACCGAUCGCAAUCGGAUGUAUCUGGGAUGGUCAGAUGCCGGCCAUUUUGAAACAACUAGAAGCAUGUUGUUUGCUUGCUGAAGGAAGUAUUGAUCCUACGUACAUGAAGAAAGAAUAUCAAGAACAUAUUACCCCAAGUCCGAGUACAACAUCGCAUUGUAAUACAGCUAUGCCUGUACCAGAAGAAGGUAAGUGGAUGGAUUUACUGGAUGUGCACCCCUCCCAGCCCCGGUGAAGGGGGCAGCAGGGGUUCCCAUCCUAACCUUGGAAAAGGGGCGUAGUUUGUCCUCUUAGCCUCGGCAAAGGGGUGCCAAUUUCCUCUUUAAUUAAAUCCAUUACAAAAACAGGCAAUUACAAAAACCAUGAGGCCUUUGCCAUUUCGAAAACAAAGGUGCUUGAAAAAUACCGCUCCUCAGUGAUUCAAGACGCUGUUUUCCGCGCACCUACUGAAGCAUGAGUCAGUGACACGUCGGCUUCAUGUAGUGUUAUUAUUGUCCAGACCAAAAGCAAGCAAUCUAUACCAUCAUAAACUUAACAUGCAUGUCCUUUAAUUUAAUCGUUCUUCUACCAGAAAACGGCGCCUUACACAAGGUGCGUGCAUACAGUCGUGUUAGACGCAUACCUUACCAGGCAACACUGAAAAACAAAAACAGAGAGAAAAUAAGAUUGAUGAUUGUAAAAUUAUCAAACAAGACUACAGACUAGUGCCUUGUUGCUGACCAUGACAAAAGCUCAAUGAGCACUCUCCUCUCCUGCCAGAUCUUAUCCAUCCACGGUUACUCUUACUGUGUUAUUUCCGUAAUCAACAUCAAUUUUUCAUCUGCUCAUUGUUCAUCUGUUUCAUUGAACAUCAAUGUUUCAUCUGCUCAUACCAGAGAUAUGCAGAUUUUGAGUCUAAAUCAACAUUGUCUAUAACCUGUAUCAGCUCCGUCAGUUCUGAACAUUUCUCCUUACAGUUCUAGUAAGGGGGCUAUCCAUAAUCUUUGAUCUUUUGUUUGUUUAACAAAAACCGUGCCUGCAGCAAAUAAAGGGAAGCUAAUAAAACUUGAAAGACCUUAAGUUACAUUUUACACUAUUUUGUAUCAAAAAACACUUUAUUCAAGAAAUGGCACUUGUUGAUGAAUGCAUUUCUCUUCUCCCUGUUACCACAAUCCGUGAAAAAAUGACGAAAAUCUACAGGCUCUCUUCCCGUCGUACUUCUCCUAUUUUUCGUCGACUUUCCUACUUUUCCCGUCUUAUUAAAAAAUUGCUUGAUUUUCCUACUUUUUCUCAUAAAAUCCUACUUUUUAGACGUCUUGGGGAAUCAUUACGUGAUUGUCUUAACUUUUUGUUUAUCAACGUGAUGAUAAUUUCGUAAAGAAUAUAUUAUGCAAUGACGUAAAGAAUAUAUUAUGCAAGAUUAUGCAAUGACGUUUUAGUACAAUACUUCUAUAUUUGAUUUAUUUGAACAACCUAUAAUGACUACAUAAAUUAUAUCCUACCGGCUAGAGUAAGGUUGACUGCAGGAAAGGUGACCAAUUUUGUAAACAUCGUUUAUAGUAAGCUUACAUUAUAUUUUUGUAUUAUUUGCAUCUCCAAAGAUUCCUGCUUUUGUCCACUUUUCUGCAUAUUUUCCUACUUUUCCUUUUCUAGUCCUACUUUUCCCAAAAUUCUACUCCUUUUUUUAUCCUACUUUUUUAUAUAAGGGGUGCCAGAGAACCGCACGAGAGCAUUGAAACUUUUCUACAAAUAAUCAAGUAAAUCAACACUCGGGCACUGUAACUGUGUGACACUAACAAGUUGUCAAACUGGAUGUCAUGCUAUAUUUUACUGGAAACGAUGUAUUUCAGUAAUCUUAAUAAUACUUUUAGGAAUGUAACAUAAAACUAAUUUAGAUAACGUGCAUCAAGAAUCUGAUCCUAAGAAUUAGAAUUUACAAUUUCCCUUUUUCUUGGGGAAAUAUUUUCAGGGAAAAUUUUCCUUGGUCCGACACUUUCUACCAGAAAACCUCAAUCUAUUAUUAUCAAUGUUUUUAUGCAGCCAUGCCAUUUUUGAUCAAAAUGAUCCACGGCAGCGAGGCUGGACUUCAAAAACUCCUACGUCUAUUUCGAAAACGGUGGACUCUUGCAACGAAGACAGAAGAUGGCCAAGUCUCUGAAGAAAACUGGGAAUCUCAUUGCACUAUAUCGAAACGUCAAGUAGAGAAGAAAAUCACAAGCAUUGCAAACAAAGAAUUGCGAUCCUUGAUGCCCAAACCUCGCUGGUAUGUGCACUCGAGUAUCCUCGCUUUUUAUAAACUGGAAAACAUUCCUUUACCUAUGAAUGGUUUGGUGACUGCGAAUUCUAAAGAGAAGUCGCCUUCUCCUGUGCCUCUCAAAUCGCCAAUAAUUGCAUCGUUUACGAAUGUGAAAGUUAGUUCUGAGAAGAUAAAUGAAGUGAGAACACACGAGAUAGCUCAAAAGUCAACAGUUGAAAAUACAGAAGUUACUUCUAUGGACAUCACCCCCCCCCCCAGUAAGACUGGGAUAAUAGUUUUGUGAUUAGACAAUAUUGAUAUCAAUCUCGUACCCAGAGUAUGCCCGUUCGCAGGUUAGGUGCUGGCCAUGCCCGGCACCUCACCUGCGAACGGGCAUACUCUGGUACGAGAUUGUAUUGAUAUUAGAGAGACUCAGAUUGGACUUCCACCAUCGCUACAACUACCUCUCACUGGCUCGGUACCCAUCUGGGGCCGGUUGUUCAAAGCAGGAUUAGCGCCAAAAGUUAACCCGCUGUUUUAGUUUGUGUAUUUCUGCACGUCUUGUUUAUUUCAAAACUUCAGAGAAGAAAACUCCUGCUGAUAUCGAUCCAGACAAGAUUUCUAAUGAAAUACUUCUAAAUUUAUAAACAAGCUGUUGGGAAGUUUGCUUUGAAUGUUAGGUUAACCCAGGGUUAAGGUAAUCAACUUUCGAACAACUGGCCCCUGAUUGGUUAAUGGGAUAUAUCAAAAGCAUCUGAUUGGUUAAUAGUUCCUAAGUGGAAGUGAAAUCUGAACAUCUUAUUAACAAAUCUGGAGCGGUAAAUCAAACUGAUCGGAUCAGAUAAAUGGCUACAGUCGGAUUGAAUGGACAACUUGCAUGUUAGACUAAAUUUUAAUCGAAGUAAUAAAGAGAAGGGAAUCAAACACCACAGCUAAAAAGAACAUAAUGAAAUUAGUAAAAUUGCAAAAUUUGGUUACCAUUUUCGGCUCAAAAAUGGUAACAAUUUCCGCACGUAAUACAAACAUAUACAAAAUAUGCAAACUUUGCAAGGCUAUA